UCGCGCUGCUUCUGCCUGCGGUUUGACAGCGAGGGGUUAAUCCGAUCGGGUUAUAAAUAACAAUAACAACAACAACAACAAUAACAACAAUAAUAAUAAUAAUAAGAAGAAGAACAUCUGGAGGGGAGGAAUCCAUAAAUCCAGAGAGAUAAAGAACAACAUGAUGCCCAUGAGUGACUCUGAUAAAGACCUAACAACGUCUGGCCCUAUGAUCAGUCAAGAGGAACUGCAGACGGCUCUUCAUCACUGCUCAGUGUGUGGAAAGACUUUUAGUCAAGUGAGCGAUCUCAUAGGACAUCAGCUUCUUCACAUUGAAGACGAGGCACAGCACUGCUCACAGGGCAGUUUGAGUUUUACCCAACAGAGUGGAUCACAGCAACAAAUCCAACCAGGUGAGAAACCGUUUAUCUGCUUAGAGUGCGGAAGAAGGUUUACUCACAAGAGCACCCUGAAAACACACCAACGCAUCCAUACCGGAGAGAAGCCAUAUCACUGCUUGCAGUGUGGAAAGGGUUUCGCCGACUUAAGUAAUUUCCAAAGACACCUCCAGAUUCACGCGGGAGAGAAGUCGUUUCACUGCUCGGAAUGUAACAAGAGUUUUAAUCGGGAAAGUGCUCUCCAACAACACCAGCGCAUUCACACCGGAGACAAACCGUAUCACUGUGCACUGUGUGGGAAGACUUUCAACCACAACCGGUCUCUCCAGAGUCAUCAGAGUAUUCACCGAGGAGAGAAGCCGUAUUCCUGCUCGCACUGCGGGAAGAGCUUUAAUCGGGAGAGUAACUUCCAAACGCAUCAGCGCAUCCACACCGGAGAGAAACCGUACAGCUGCUCACACUGUGGAAAGAGUUUCACUCACCGGAGUGGUCUCAAAACACACCAGCGCAUUCACACAGGAGAAAGGCCGUACCGCUGUUCAGAGUGCGGGAAGAGUUUCAUUCAAAAGGCGAUACUCCAGUAUCACCAGCGCACACACACGGGAGAGAAGCCCUACAGCUGCUCACAUUGUGGAAAGUGUUUUAAUCAACAAAGUGCUCUUAAAGUGCACCAGCGUACCCACACAGGAGAAAGGCCGUAUCAGUGUUUGCAGUGCGGGAAGAGUUUCAAUCAGCAGGCUAUACUCCAGUCUCAUCAGCGUGUUCACACAGGAGAGAAGCCUUAUCGCUGCCUGGAGUGCGGGAAGAGUUUUACUCAGAAAAGUAGUCUUCAGAAACACCAGGCCAUUCACAUAAGAGAGAAGCUGGAAUAGUGCUGUGACAGUAACCGCACUUCUCCUGGUAUUCGAUCUCUAAUCGGAAUAAUACCAUCAUGUGACCACCUCAACCGGAACAGACUAAAUUAGAAUGAUGGGGGUGGUGUAAACCUUUGGUGGUAUGUUCAGUAGGAAAGUAUUAAUGAUCCAUUUCUCUUGGUGGAAAAUUGUCUGCAUGUUUGCCCUGUGUCGUGGUAGCAUUAAGUGACAUGAGUUUCUACAAGGGAAAUUUUUCUUCCAUUCCUGAUCGGUAAAUCUGUAAGAACAGCUCUUUCUCCCACCAGUCCUUACUUUGGAUUUUAAAACACUAUAUCUGUGGCAGGGGAAGAGCAAUUCAGGUGCAGCAAAGCUUCUAACCAGUCAUAGAUGCAACUUGUAGAAUCCGUUUACUGCCCAGUCAAAAGACAUUCAAAUAUUAUAUCAAACCGCUAAUAUUUUAUCAGAUAAAGAUUCUCAGUGGAGUUGAGGACUCUGUAGUGGCCAAUCGAUUUGUGAAAAUAAUGUCUCAAGCUCCCUAACCCCAUUCUUUCACAAUUUGGGCCAGAUUAAUCCUGGCAUUGGCAACUUGGAACAUGGCCGCGUCACCAGGGAAGAAAAAUUUCAUGUCAUCAGCUGACCUCAUUUUUUGGGGUACAUAACAUUGCCGGACCUAGACCUGACCAACUGAAGCAACCUCAGAUCAUAACACUGCCUCCACAAGCUUGUACUGUAGACACUAGGCAUGGUGGGUGUAUCGCAUCAUCCGCUUGUCUUCUUACCCUGAUGCCUUCAUCACUCUUUUCCAAAGCUCCACAGCCCACUCUUUAUGCUCCCUGAAGCCUUUAUCCCUCGAUUAGCCUCACUGAGAAGUUUUUUUUUAGAGAUUCACAGCUGUUUAUUCCCAAUCCCUUGAGUUCUCUUUACACUGUGGAAGGCUCUUACCUAUUUGCUUAGUUAAGUCUAGGACGUGACCUUUUUUUUUUUUUUUUGGCCGGGCAGUGUAUACUUCCAGCAGAUUAAAGACUUCACAGCAGACAGAAGAAUUUAAUAUUUCUAUUAUGAUUUAAUGCUUUGAGCAAGCAAAUAUAAAUCGUAUCAGAUCAGCAUCCAUGUAAACAGUUAAACUGGUAUCUGUAAUCAGAAUCAUUUAAUCAUAUUGAAGAAAUACUGUAUAGUCCUUGUAAAGAUUGAUUGAUUGAUUUUUAACAGCGAUUUACUUUUUGAAGUAGUUUUUAGAUGCAUAAAUGUACCAACACUGAGUAAAACUUUUGAAAAUUUAAGACACACCACAGAAAAAAAACCCGCAUAAUUUUGAAAAUGUAUUCUUUAGUUAAGGAAUUUUAUUUUGUAGGUGAGAUAUGUGCAAUUAUUUUUUUGCAAUGAGUAUGUAACUUAAAUACUUAAAAAAAAAUGUAUUGAUGUUUUUAAGUAAUUUCUGCUGAAAGUGUUAGUGGAACUGGGAAUGGAAUUCUAAUAUUCGAAAGAAUACCAGGUUGGUACAGAAGCGAGGAAAUUAUGUUUAUUAGUCUGAGAAUAUCACACUUAACAUUAUACAUAAUAAUAAGAAAUCAUAGUAAGAGUUAUAAGUGAUAAGUGUCAGGUACGAGAGAUGAUUUAACAUUUAUUCAUGUAGCAUAAUUCUUGAAUUUGAAUAUGUGACUUGAUUUUCUAUACUGACAUGGCUUUGACAAUUAUUCUAGCCAUUACAAAAUAGUUUUAAAUGAAAUGGCUGUGAAACAGACCGUGUGGAUCUAUGAAGUAAUGCUCCUUCCUCAGAAUGAAACUCUCCCCUGUAGCAGGCGAGGAAGCGCACAUUCCCAGCUCCGGACAUUAAAACCAGGAAACGACCCAGUAGAACACGUUAACCUGUCAGCUAAAAUAAAUAAUCUGGGUGCUCCAGUGUCUCUUAAAAUCACACCAGGUGGAACAGCACCCUGUGAACUAGCGCUCUUGUUCUACACGAAAGGCUGAUAGCAUUUGUCUAAUUCGGACACACAGAAUCCGCAAUAGAUGCGCCUUUAGCCUUUGAAAUGUUUUAAUCACAUGGUCCUCUGCUGCAUUGAUGUCCAUGCAGAUGUAUGAUGUAUUUAUUUAUUUAUUUUUUUCAAAUGUUCUAAUUUUAUGGUCUGCUAAUGAAGGUUAUGAAUGAAGAAGAGUUGAGCUCAUGAUCGAAGCAGCUGCUUUCAUCUCUGCUCUUACAGCAGUGUCAUUAUUCAUUAAGCUAGUUUUGGAGAGUCGACGAGUUAUUCAGCAUAAUUUCUAAAAAGGUCCUGCACGCACAUGGUCAGCCAUAAUAUUAUGAGCACCUGCCUCAUAUCCAGUACAUCCCCCUUUUUUGAUACUAAAACAAUGAUGCACUGUGUGUUAUGACUCCUUUCUAUCGAAACCAACAACACGUAGCUCUUUUAUUGGAUCAGGUCAGCUGUUGCUCCCUACGUUCAUCAGUGAACCUUGGCCGCCCAUGACCCUGGCAUCACUUCACCGGUUCUCCUUUCUUGAAUAACUCUUGUUAUGUCCUGACCCCUGCAGACCAGGAACAUCCUACAAGAGCUGCAGUUGAGUUGCUUUGACGCAGUUGUCUAGACAGACGUCACAAUCUGGCGCUUGUUAAAGUGGAUCAAAUCCUUACACUUGCCCAUUUUUUUUCUGCUUCCAACACAUCAACUUCAGGGACAAAAAGCUCACUUGUUGCCUAAUAUAUCCCACUCACUUCCAGGUACUGUUGUAACGAGAUAAUGUAACUGCAGCUACUGUGACAAAUGCCAAAUUGUGACGUUUAGACAACAGGAUCAGAGCUUCUCUAAAACUACAACGCUUGUGAGAUAUUCCCAGUCUGCAGUGGUCAGGACAUACCCAAAGUGCUCCCAGUAAGCCAAUGAACUGGUGACAGGGUCAUGGGUGGCCAAGACAGCUUUUCAUUGACUUUAACGAUGGUAACACUAUUAUGCUAAAAUGACUGAAGUUGCACAUAUAAAUCAGCAUUAUAAAACAUACAUAUAAUAAAAGCAAUUCUAACUUAAAAA